AAUACAGGGGCCAAACUGAAACUACCGGGAGCAACCUCACCUCCUUCCAGUCGCUGCCCCAAGCCGGUAGAAACAGUCGUUAGAAUGGCGGUAAACGGCACUUACUCCACUUUCCUUAGCCUAUGUCGUCGUCACCACCACCACCACCAUCACAACCGCUAUCAUUCAUUUCUUUCAUCUCCCCUGCAUACGUAUCACAUCACCGGCUUUCUAUAUUAUUUCACUCGUAAUCGGGCACUGAACACCAGUGCUGAGUCGGCGGAGCCACCUGAAUUGUCCGGCAGGAACGCUUACGACCUCCUAGGGGUUCCUGAGUCUUGCACUUUCGCAGAAAUUAAAGCCUCUUUUCGGAAAUUGGCAAAGGAAACUCAUCCCGAUCUUUCUCAAUCGCCCGAUGGAUUUUCUAAUUCCCACCGAUUCGUUCAAAUUCUCGCAGCUUAUGAGAUACUAUCAGAUAUUGAAAAGAGAGCUCACUACGACAACUAUCUACAAUCUCAAAAACCAAUUCUCCAAAAACCCUCAAGUCAAGGUUCAUCAAUGUACACAUACGAAUCCCAUGAAACAACAGGACAACAAAUGGAAGUUGUAGAAUGGUUAAAAUGGUAUAGAUAUGCCAUAAACAACAUCGUAUCAGAGAAAAGACUAGCAAAUGGAACAACCUACUUUGAUAUACUGGAAAACGACUUUUAUUCAGCCAUACACACAGCCUACCAUGGUCCUAUAAUCCAUUCAAUGGAUUUCCUCCCUGAUUGUUUUGAAGCUGAUGAAAGAUCUUUCCCUGAAACUUCUGAAAUCCUUCAUUUAGUUUCAGGACGUGACCUUUUUGGGAAAGUAUGCAUAGCCAAAAGGGUGCCUGAAUUAUCAACAUCCUGCAAUGAACAACUUCCAUUACCCAAAAGUGAGAAUUUGGAAAUGGGAUUUAAAACUCAUGAUUUGGGAACUCAAAUUAGGUCACAAUGUGAUGCAUACAAAGAUCUUGAGUUGCAUGUAUCAGGAAAGAUUAUUGCAGUAGCAAAUCGAAUCCCACCAAAGAGUUCUACUUCCACCAUUGACAUAUCAAAUGAAGAUUAUGAAGAUCAUAUACAUGUUUAUCUCAAUCUACAUGAAGAUGAUGAGGAAGAUAAGAUGUUUUUGGGAACAAUUAUUGGAUUAGGGAGUAGUGAUGAAGAAGGGUGUUGUUAUUUUCAUAAUAAUUGUGGUGUAAAGAGUCAUGUGGUUAUGAAGCAUAGGACAUUAAUGGUGAAACAUAUGCAUUGGUUUCAAUUGGGAGAAAAAGCUUCUGUUUGUGAGUGUAGAUGCACAAGAGCUCGAUUACCUCCAAGUAAAUAUUGGCUAUUUGAGCCUCGUUCAGGGUUGCAUGAUAUUGGUGGUUGGUAUGUUGAGACAUAUGGAAGGGGUAGAAACGGAAAAAAUGUUUCAUCUCAGAGGUAUUGGGAUGGUGUUGACUUAAGUCAACCUUCUGAAAGGAGGGUUCAUCCGGCCAUUUAUUUGCUAGCUCUUGCAUACAGAACUUUAGAUAUAGAAGAAUCCAAGAGACAAAAACAAACGAUUAGAGAUAUAUUUCAAGGAAAAAUGUAUGAAAUAUAUAAUUGGUGGAAAAGACUUGUGUAGGAAAAAUCUCAAGAAAAUCAGGUUGUAUGGUUUUUCUUUUUUAAUUUAAAGUAGUUUGCAUUUAUAAAUUAUGUCUAACAAAAAUCUUGUAAGGUAAAGAAGAUGGUGAUUCCAGUUUGUG